AUGUCCGCUGUUAUACGUAUCCGGGGUUUGCCGUAUUCUGCGAGGGCUGACGAUAUAAUUGAUUUCUUUAAAGUAUUUCAAUCUAGCAAGCAAGAAAUGAACAGUGCCAUGGGGAGAAACCAAAAUUCAUUCAAUCGUCGCGAGUACGUCGUCCGUCUGCGUGGUCUUCCCUAUGACACGGAAAAGAAAGAGAUUUAUGCUUUCUUCAACGGUCUCGAAAUAGCUCCAAACGGUAUCGGGCUACUGGUGGAUCACAUGGGACGCUGCACUGGGGAGGCGUAUGUUCAAUUCACGUCAGCGGAAAUGCUAGCGCGGGCGAAGGAGAAGCAUAUGGAGAAGAUAGGGCACAGGUGGUUAUUCCCCGGGAAUUUAACGGGAGGUUUGGGUAUUCGUGUUUGUUUUCAUCUCAUUAAGCAAGCAAAUGCAUGUAUUGUAAACAGGCUAUUCUUUUUCAAGUUUACUCCUAGCUCUCCGUUAUGUUCUUCUCAUUUCGUGCCUUUGAAUGCCGAUUCUCGUAGGUACAUCGAAAUUUUUGAAAGCAGUAUGAUGGAAGCUAACGCCACAAUCCAGCGGCAGAUGGAAGCCAAUCAAAGUCGCAGUGGAGGUGGACCGAUUACUAGUCGUGGUGCUCGCGACGGUUAUCCCGGAGGUUACUAUGGUGCUCCCAAGGGAUCCUACGGUCCUCCACCAGGCAUGGGUCCCGCUUAUGGUCGAGGGCCCCCACCCGGUCGACCCGGCCCUUAUGCUCGUCCUCCGGCCUCUGGUCAUCCAGGCUACAACUCUCCAAGAGGCAUGAACGGGCCAUAUGGCAUGUCUGGUGGCAGCGACGCUGGGUUCGGUCCUAUGUCAAACCCAGAACCCGAAGACCCUCAAAGUGUUACUGGUCAUUCAGUUCGGAUGCGGGGUCUGCCGUUUUCCGCAACGACCGAUGAUAUUGAUCGGUUUUUGGCUCCACUGCAGCCGGUCAACAUACGUAUAAGAAUGAACUCCUCUGGCAGACCUACCGGUGAGGCUGUUGUUGACUUCGCUAGUCAUGAUGAAGCGAAGGAGGCUAUGAAGAAAGAUCGUGAAAAGAUUGGUUCCCGUUACAUUGAGUUAUUCCUCGCUUCGACUCCAAUGGGGAAUGGUCCAUCCAGAAUGGUAUGUUCUUUCCGGAAUUAUUCACUUUUGCAGGGUGGUGGCCCUUCACCUUAUAGUGGUGGUCCUCGUUCUUAUGGGCCCCCGGGAACCCCUCCGUACAACAGUGUCGGUCGGGGGCCAAUUAAUGACCCAUACAAUGGCGAUUAUGGCCUGCGCGGCCCCGAAGACAUGGGAUAUGGACCUAUGUAUGGCGGGGACUACGGCCCAGACGGGUAUUACAGUAGCGCCAACAGUAUGCGACCAAUGGGUCCUUCUGGAGAUGGAUAUGCGGAUUACCGACCGCCCUACCGUCACUGGUAG